AUGAAGGUCGGGAUCGCCGCGCUCUUCGCCGGAUUGAUCGGAGGAGUCGGGGUCCUCCUGUUCCUCGUGGCCUUCGGAACAGACUAUUGGCUGCUGGCGACUGAGAACUGUGGGGGCCGGGAGGGGCCGAUCACCCCGGGAGAGAACGAUACGGAAAUGCAGCUCGGCCACGCCCCCCUCUACUUCCACCACGAGGGAUUCUUCUGGAGAUGUUGGUUCAACGGAGAGGAAUUCCAGGAGACCAUCUGGAACUUCUGGUUCACCAGCCAGGCACAUCCCAAGCACUGCAUAGAGGGCUACCUGUUCCCUAUGCCCAUCGCCCCUGGGCCCGUCCCACACCCCUCCUAUGACCCCACUGCAGUGUACAGAGGCUUCUGGACGGCGUUCAUCAUCCUCGCCGUGGCCGCCAGCCUGGUGGGCGGGCUCCUGCUGGUCUGCGCUGUGCCCUUCGCCGCCGCCGGGCUCUAUAAAGUAGGAGGAGGAUUCCUCAUCACUUCUGGGGUCCUCCUGGCGUUCCUGAUCGCCCUCUUCACCCUGUGGAAGGAAUUCGCCGCGGACCUGGAGCGGUACAUCCUGUUGGAGCGCGUUCACCGCUGCGCGCCGGACUCUCACCUCCACGUCUAUUACGGAUGGUCGUUCAUGUUUGCCGCCGCCGGGGCCCCCCUGGUGCUGCUCUCCGGCCUCCUCUUCUUGUGCAUCAGCCGCAGCGUUCAGGUGGAGGAGAAGUAA